GUAGCCUUCAGCAAGAACUCCAGCCUAGCCCCCUAGGGUGGCCACAUUUCCCCUUUUAGGAAGGGGGCAUCCCACCCUCCACUCAUUCAGAACGGAACCAACCAUUGGAGGGACCAUGUCUGAUAUUCCGGAGCCCCUGUAGCGGGGGCAUGUCCACUCCUGGAGAGCUGUCCCCUUCAAGAGAGACCUCCCUCUGCAGUGCUUGUUACAUCCUAGGUCUUCUUGUCGGGAUCCACCGUGUUCAUCUGAGCCAGAGCCAGUCCAUUAACUGGGAUUUUUCUCUUUUCCCCGAACACCAUCCAUAGGUAGGGGUCAAAGCAGAGACUUGGAAAGACCUCUUCCAUUGUUUGAAUGCAUUCCGUAGGAUCCAGAAUCAAGGAUCUUCCUUCCCAAGUGAAGUCGUAAACUCUUCGCCCAACGUGGGGCUUGAACUCACGACCCAGAGAUCAGGAGUCACAUGCUCUGCCGACUGAGCCAGCCCGGCGCCCCUAGCAUAACGCAUUUGCGGUUCAUCCACAUGGUUCUUAAUACCAAAACAUCCCCAGCAACCAACCAGGCACCUGGCCCAGAGGAAAAGGGGAAAGCUGGUGGUGCCAAGAAGACUGAGGAGGAGGAGGAGAUCGACAUUGAUCUGACAGCGCCGGAAACAGAGAAGGCUGCCCUUGCUAUUCAGGGCAAGUUCCGGAGAUUCCAGAAAAGGAAAAAGGAUCCUAGCUCCUGAAUAACCAGCCUUGUCCCGCGCUCUCUCCCUUUUCUCCCCUUCGCUGCAGUUCUGACUCCUACGUGUCUUUGUCUCUUUGUCCCUCCAGCCUCUUGCUGAGGCAAGUUCCAUCCUUAUAUAUUAUUUUCUCUGGUCCCCCCCAAGCCAUUGCAACAGUGGAAGCACAAGGAACGUGGGGGAAGACGAAGAAUUCAAUUGGCAGCCACUUGUCUAAGGGUGGACCAGUUUGUCCUUGGGACAAGCCUCCUUGACCAGCACCUAUGCCUGGCCUGUGAGGUUGAAGAGCAAGAGGCUUUGAGGUUGAGAGAGGGACCCCCGGCAGUCGGGGUGGGGGAAGCAGUCAGAGUAGGGUGCCCGAGGGGGGCCUAGGCACUGUUCCACCAGUUACAACAGUCACACUUCAGGUAACAUGUUUCUGCUCUUCACAUCCUUCUGCACCAACACAUCCUCCUUCCCUCCUAUGAGCUAGGCGACCGUGGGGACCGGAGCCUCCCUCUCCUCGAGGCCAACCCAGAUCAAGCCCCUUCCACAUUAGUGCAUGCUGAGUAGAUGAGUUCCAAGGCAGGGAGCCUGGGACGGGUGGAGGCCAGAGAAAGCUGCUUUCACCGUCCAGUCUAGGACCGUCAGGGGCAGAGGCAGAAGAGGUUUCAAAGGGCCGCGGGCAGGGAGAUGGGCCUAGAGUAGAUUUGGGGGGGAAAGAGAGGUAAGGGUGGGGAGCUUUCUGGAGACACAGCUACUGCCGGUAGACGUGUACUGCGUGUACUAGACAAAGGAUUUCUGCUACCCUGCCUACCUCUACCCUCCCCAAUCCAGCCAUCCCUAGAGGCCGCGCCAACCAAGGGACCCCUGUAGUUUCCACCUGCCCCACUGUGGAGUCAGAGCAGAAGUUGAGUAGCCACUCUAUGUGAUUUGAGCAUGUUUAAUCAUGAUUAAAAAAGAAAAAAACCCCA